AUCACACUAAAUUAACUUUUCUUGUUUCCUUUACGCGUAAGGUGUAUUAAAUGGUAUUAGUGCGAAAAUGUUUACUUAAAUGUUUUGUGCACGUGGUCCGGGCAAGAAAUAUUUUAGACGUUCGAACUAAAUUAUAGAUUCCGGCAAGUGUUUGUUCUUUUGUCAAGAUAUCAUAAAACAGACUGCAUUGUUAACCUGUUUAUCACUAUUGACGGACAUACUGCGAGUUUGGAAGUGGCGGUAAAUUCAAAUUUUCUUCUAUUUUAACCAUUGGAUCAUGUAGUUCACCGACUUCCCUUACUUCUGUACAUUUGGUAUUAAGUGACUUGUGAUGGGUAGUCCUGAAGAAAAAAUAACUGCCUGUGAGGCUGUAAAUGAAAAUGAAGCUCGAGAUACUAUAGAUAAAUCGGAGCUCAAUACUUCUGAUAUUACGGAAUCUACUGCGAAUGAAUCAAACGAACAAAUUUUAAAUGACGCCAAUGCUUCAAAAGAUAGCGACACACCUGGUGCUGGAAUUUCAAAGAAAGCAAAGAAGAGAUCGCGACAUGGCAAAAAAGGUCAUACACCCUCAAAAGACAACGUCGAUCGAAAUGUGGUUCGACGAGUUCAUUAUACUGGUACGAAAUUUAAACAAGGUCGUAAAAGAGCACAGAGCUUUCCAUCAAUAUCAAAAUUCUUCCUACCUCAUAAGAGGCCACGUAAAGAAACAUUCAUUCCUCCCACUAAGUUUCUACUUGGGGGGAAUAUUUCUGAUCCUUUGAACCUGAAUAGUUUGCAAGAUGAAGAUGUCAACAGAGCCAUGAAUGCUGUAACUCCAGAGUCGUCACCACUGCCCACUCCACCUCGACAUAAAGCAAAAAUUGAUGUAAUAAUUCCUCCGAACAUUAGAGAUCCACUUAAUUUAAUGGAGCCCUUAGAUAAUGAGGAAUAUGAAAAACGAUUGGAGAUGCAGCAACGCAAACCAAAGAAGAAAACUAAAGUAAGACGGCGUACAACUGACAACACUUCCCCAAUAAAAGAAGUGUCUGAAGAAGAGGUCACUGAAAGCAUUAAGGUACCACAAACACCUGAGGCAUCAAUGUCUGCACAAAACCUUCGCAAGAGGUCUUGUAGUGACAGUGAAAAUUCAUCUCAAAAAGGAAAAGAUAAGAAGUUACGUCGCAUGGAUUCAUUGGAUAAGAUUGUGAGUCCAGUAGUUCCACAACCAGGGGCUUGGAUGCGUGCACGACCACAAGCUCGCCCUGCUCCGCCAGAACGUCCGGUAUCACCUCAUCGCACAAAACUCAAAAGUAAUUCUGAGGGAGAGCCGCAGCUACUAACUUUUCAUCCUAAAAAUUCAAGAUACCAAUAUGGAAACUAUGAUAGGUAUUAUGGUUACCGUAAUCUGAAUGCAAUGAUGGACAUUCGUCUCCAAGUCUUUGAGAUGCAUAGGCACCUAUUUCAAAACAAAGAUGUUUUAGAUAUUGGCUGCAAUGUUGGUCAUAUAUCUAUAGCUGUAGCACGGACAUUUGGUGCUCGAUCAGUUGUGGGUAUAGACAUCGAUUCUGUUCUCAUUGGUCGAGCCCGGAAAAAUCUUCAGUCUUUUGUAGCAGUUCCACCACCAGAACCACCAAAGACAGACAGCGAUAAGAAGACUGAUGUUGAAGAUAAAAAAAUCGACUGCAAUAAAUGUCAUCAGGAAAAAUGUGAUGACUUUUGUGAACAAAAGGAAAAGGCUGAUGACCCCAAGAAAACCAUACCUGGUAGAAAGUUAAAGAAGCCAAGAAAGAAUAGAAAGUCUUUUUAUAAGCAUGAACAAGGACAGAGUUUCUUCCCAAUGUCAAUGUCGAUGUUGUAUGGGCCUAUAAGAGAUUUAUUGCCAGAGCUGUUGACAUUCCCACAUAAUGUAACUUUUAAACAUGGAAAUUAUGUUCCUCGUGAAGACUUAGCUGUAGGUUCUGGCGAAAGUCCUCAGUUCGAUUUGAUUUUGUGUCUUUCGACUACAAAAUGGAUGCAUCUUAACUGGGGCGAUGCCGGCUUGAAACGUGCGUUCCGACGUAUGUUCGCUGAUCUGCGCCCGGGCGGGAAACUAGUAUUGGAAGCCCAAAAUUGGGCCAGUUAUAAGAAGAAGAAGCGUUUGACGCCUACUAUAUAUGAAAAUUUCAAUUCCAUCGAGCUGUUUCCGAUCAAGUUUCGAGAUUACUUGCUGUCGCCGGAGGUGGGGUUCAGCAAGUGCUGCAUAUUAGGUGUCCCGCAACACGCAAGCAAGGGUUUCCGGCGUCCGAUCCAACUGUACAUAAAGGGAGAUUUCACUCCGAGCAAGGCCCGAUGGUCGGACGCCUAUGUGCCCUCGUCGCACCACCGGCCCGAGGCCGAGCAGCCGCGUCGCACUGUGUACGCGCCCGUCGAGCCCGCCUACCGGCCCAGCGACGACGCGCCCUCGUGCGGCGCCGCCACGCCCUACUCGCCCAACCUCGACUGCUGCGCGGACGAUUCGCCCUUCUACAACCCUCGCAGCGACUCGUACGCGCCGUCGUACCAACCGCCGCGGCCCACGGUGUACGCGACGCUGCCGUCCCCGCUGGGCAGCGCGUCCCCGGCGCAGUCCCCGGCCGCGUCCCCGGCACCGCACGCGUCCCCCGCGCCGGACCCGCUGACGGCACGCGGCUUCCCGGAGCCUCGCCCUCACGACGACUGAGUGCCGUAGAUCGGUUCUCGUCUUCCGGACCCAGGAAUGAGAUAGUGCUCAAAAAUUUGUUAAAGGUUGUUGAUUUAGUUUUAUUGUUAUAGUCGCCAACUUGUGAGCGAAUUUCGGUCGGAUGUGACUCGGGGGCCCUCUCCAGUAUUGUCGGCGCGCCAGCUAGGGACCUGGUCCGCGCUCUCUCGUCUUGUAGUUUCAUUGUAUCGUUCACAUCGUAUUGUACCGUGAAGCGAUCUGUAUUUGCUCGUAUGGAUCAUAAUGUAGUGUUGUUGUAGUACCGGUGAGAGUUCAGGGCGCCCGAGUGCAGCACGCCUCAUUGCUGGGUUCUGUAUUGUGCCCUACCGCCUUUGAAGAUUUUGUGUAAAUAUCGAUUUAGAGACUAAGAUUAUGUUUCUAUAGGCUGAAUGUAUUUUAUAAUAUUAUACUCGCGCGAUACUGUCA